UUUCAUUCUCUCAAUAUUGCUUGACGUGUCUGGGUAGUAUUUCUUUAGCGCAUCUCUAGUCGCCAGCCAUGAAUGUCUCUCCCCUCAUCAGCCCUCCAGCGGGCGGAACGCACAACACGCUUGGAAAUGGACACCUCAAUCGAAGUCUACCCCACUCGCCAACAAAUAUCGAGCCCCUUUCAGCUUCUGAAGAAGGGCCAGGAGGAACGGCGUUGGGAAAGCACCCGAGUAUACCAAUAUGGCCAGGCGGGCCUCAGCCUCUCCAUCGUGGAAGUUGGCUUGCCGUGUUGAGUUGUAUGGGGGAUGUCAUUGUUAUAAUGACAUCAACAAUGUUCUUGGUACACGGGUCCCUGGUGAUCUAUUUUGAAGGGGUGCCUGUAUCUGAGGUCCCACAUCUCUCCAUCAUGCAGGAUGCAUCUCGUUAUGGCCCUACCGUAUUUCCCAUUCUCUUCGCCGCCAUUGUUGGUCAGGCCAUGCACGCAAUUGCGCACUGGAGGCUCGAGAAUGGAGAGCGCAUGAAGGUGUUGGACCAGCUCUUGGGUAGCACUGGGCUGUUCUCGACGAUCGUUACCCAACUCAAAUUCCGAAACAUGGGCAUCGCUGGUUUGGCACUUAUAUGUCUCUGGGUCCUUUCCCCUAUCGGCGGUCAAGCUUCACUACGUGUGCUCGAUUACGGUACCCGUGUCGAUUCUCGGUGGCGAACUUUGUACGCCAUGGAUUGGAAUUCAACGAUGCAUACGGCAGAUCGAAUUCCUCUCUCAUCGAUCGCAGGCGAUUCCUCAGAAGCGAUAUUCAUAGGCCAAUCGAUCUUCUCAGCCGCAUUAGCGAGUCCAAUAGACGUCAAAAGGUCCACAAUGGAUUUAUGGGGAAAUGUCAAGAUUCCGAUGGUUGAAAAACUUACAAACUCGGUGCUUUAUAGCGAUGGGUGGCGCGAGGUGCCAAGGACCAACGUCACUUACGCUGCAUUGGUCGGUAUACCCCUUUCGAGAGUAUCGUCUGAGACCAACACAACGUUUACCUUGGAAACUUCAUACUGGACGCUGGUCUGUCCAGUCCUGGGGGACUAUAAAUAUGGAGUCCCAGGGCUGGGUAAGAAAGGUGAAAUGCUCCCUGGCUGGGCUGCGUUUCAAACAACUCAGUGGGGACUGUCUACUCUCAAUACCCAGCGACAGGUGAGAGAAUCCGAUUCAAAUCUCACGUCUCGUAUAUUUUAUUACACCAGCGUGGAUCAAUGGAACUCCUCUACGAAUGCGGAAUGUCAUAUGAAUACCACUUAUGUGGAGGUAGAAGUUUCAUGUCAACGCCAGGACUGCUCAGUAACCCGAAUCCGACCCUCUACAAAGCCCCACCCAUCACCGGCCUAUGCUUUAGGAUUAGAUCCUGGGAAUGUCCUCGAUUUUACCCGCAGCCUCUUCAGCUCUGUUGCCGGGAACAUGAAUAGGCCUACAGCCAUCCAGCGCUACUUUCGACACCCGGAUGCCCCUUUCAACAACACUGAAGAGGACCUGGCAUUACGCAAUCUAACGAAGACGGAGUUUGCGACUUCGCUCGUUCAGCUCAUGAACACCUAUUGGUUAGCUGGAUGUGGGCUUGCGCAGGUGGAGGUAGGUGUCCCAACACGCAUUGCACCGGAAUUUCUGCCGCCAAGGAAUGCUUCACUUCUCAGACGAUAUUAUACACCUGUGAAUGCUACUGAGACUCUGGCGACCGAAGUGGUCCGGUGCUCGAAGCCUUGGCUUGCCGCACUGUUCAUCGCCACUGGAGCCAUGUUCCUGGCUGGAGCGUUUGGUCUCGUCCUGGAAUUUACCCGUAAAGCGCCUGACUUCGCACUGAACAUAUCCUCUUUGACCCGUGACAAUCCAUACAUACACCUCCCGCCCGGUGGAAGUACGCUGGACUCGAUCGACCGCAGUCGGCUGCUGCAAAAUCUUCGGAUCCGCCUUGGGGAUAUAAAGCCAGAUGAUCCCGUGGGAUACAUUGCUAUUGCGAGUUGUGAAGGGCAGGGAAAGGUCUUGAGGCUGAAGGGGCUAGAGAGAACAAGGACAUUCUCGUGA